AUGUGUGAGCUCCACCCGUUGAAGUGCACCAACUGCAAGCGGGUCUGGACGGCAUACAAGAAGCUGGCCAGCUGCGAGAGCCAGGACCCGGGUGUCGAGUGCCCGCUCAGCCUCUGCAUGUGGGUGGGCAACCCCAAGAAGCCGACCAAGAGCGAGUGCGAUGCCUGCCGCGAGGUCCGAGAGAUGCUGGAGGAGUUUGAUGAGGAUAACCAGUAG